AUGGCGGAAGAUCAUGUUGAUGUGCUCAUUGUCGGAGCCGGUCCGGCCGGCCUGAUGCUGGCCACAUGGCUAGCCAAGUGCGGUGUUAAGGCGAGAAUCGUGGACAAAAGAGGAACCAAGAUUUUCAAUGGCCAGGCAGAUGGACUCCAGUGCCGUACGUUGGAGAUUCUAGAUUCCUUUGGAAUCGGCCACCGAGCUUGGAGGGAAUCCAACCACAUGCUUGAGAUUUGCCUCUGGAAUCCCGACAGCAACGGCGUCAUUCAUCGUUCCUCCCGUCUGCCCGAUACGAUCCCUGGUAUAAGCCGCUUCCAACAGGUCGUUUUGCACCAGGGACGAAUUGAGCGCUUCUUUCUCGAUGCCAUAAACGAAUUCAGCAACGGUGGCGUUGGAGUGGAGCGGGGAGUUUUGCCUACGAGCUUGGAGAUUGACCAGAGCUGCGUGGAAGACCCCGACGCCUAUCCGAUCACGGUCAAUCUUAGACACCUGAGCGAGGAGGACGCCACCCCUAAGCAGAGCUCGACCAUGUCAAAUGGAACCUCGGCACAGGACGGUCUUUUCAGAAGCAACUUGAUGGCAGAUGACACGGCCGACCUGCUGAAGACGUCCGAGCUCAACCAAAAGGCCAACACCACCGAGACCAUCAAGGCCAAGUACAUGGUCGGUGCUGAUGGAGCUCACUCCUGGGUGCGAAAGGAGAUCGGCCUGAAGCUAGAAGGAGAGUCCACCGACUACAUCUGGGGUGUCCUCGAUAUUGUCCCUAUCACUGAUUUCCCGGACAUCAGGAGCAGAUGUGCUGUUCACUCAGCCAACUCUGGCAGCAUCAUGGUCAUUCCUCGUGAGAACAAGCUAGUCAGACUUUACAUCCAGCUCACCACGACAUCCAAGAUCCAAGGUCAAGAUUCACGCACGGACAGAUCAUGGAUCACACCCAAGGUGAUUCUGGAGUCGGCCCAGCGAAUUCUCUCCCCGUACAAGCUAGACUACCGAAAGCUUGACUGGUGGACAGCCUACCAGAUUGGCCAACGUGUGGGUUCGAGCUUUGGAGUUCAUGACAGGGUUUUCCUGGCUGGUGACGCUGUUCACACCCAUAGCCCCAAAGCUGGUCAAGGAAUGAAUGUCAGCAUGCAAGAUGCGUACAACCUUGGAUGGAAGCUAUCCAGCGUCAUCAAAGGACAUUCAAACCGCUCAAUCCUGAAGACUUACGAAUUUGAGCGUAAAGCUAUCGCCCACGCUCUCAUUGAAUUUGACCACAAAUUCUCCAGACUGUUCUCUGGUCGCCCGGCAAAGGACAUCAUGGAUGAAGAAGGCAUCAGCAUGGACGAAUUUCGAGAUGCUUUCCAAAAAGGAAAUUUGUUUGCAAGUGGAAUUGCUGUCGACUACGGUAGAAGUCUCAUUGUAACCAAGCCAGUGGCUGAAAAUGGUGCAAGUGAAGCAACCGCGGCAACCACCUCCACGCCAGUCAAUGGCUUCCAGGAUCUCGCGCCUGGGUUGAAAGUGGGACAAAGGAUUCCAAGCGUCAAGGUCCUAAACCAGUCCGAUGCGCGCCCAUGGCAUCUCCAGGAACGUCUUCCGAGUAACGGCACUUGGAGACUCCUCGUAAUUCCCGGCGAUGUGAGCCAGCUGGGUCAAAAGUCCAGGUUGGAGAAGCUCUGUGGUCAGCUCUCCAGUCCAGAAUCAUUCCUGAGACGUUUCACACCCAACUCUGCUCGCUAUGACUCUGUUAUCGAAGUCAUCACCAUCCAUGGAGCACCCCGGCAGAGUGUCGACGUUUUUGACUUCCCGGAAGUUCUUCGACCGUUUCAUGAAGUUGAUGGUUGGGAUUAUGAGAAGAUUUUUGUGGAUGAUCAGUCGUACCAUGAGGGUCAUGGAGAGUUUUACAAGACAUUCAACAUCCGCCGUGAUGAAGGAUGCCUUGUUAUUCUCCGACCAGACCAGUACAUCUCAUACGUGGGAAAGCUUGACGACUAUGAAUCAGCUGAUCGUUUCUUCUCUGAGUUCAUGCUACCGCAGAACAACCUAACCCUACCCAAGGUCUAG